CAAGUAUUCCAACAACACAACACAGUCAGAGGCGUGCACCAUGUCUAUCAUCAAGAUCCAUGCCAGAGAAAUCUUUGAUUCUCGUGGAAACCCCACAGUGGAGGUUGAUCUUUACACUGAAAACGGCUUGUUCCGAGCUGCUGUUCCAAGCGGUGCUUCUACUGGGAUCUAUGAAGCUUUGGAACUGAGAGACAAUGACAAGUCUCGCUACCUGGGAAAAGGGGUCUCCCAGGCUGUAGAACACAUUAAUUCAAGUAUUGGUCCAGCUCUUAUCAGUGAGGGUGUAUCUGUGGUUGAGCAGGAGAGAAUUGACCAGAUGAUGAUCGAUCUGGAUGGCACAGAGAACAAAUCCAAAUUUGGAGCAAACGCCAUCCUUGGUGUUUCUCUGGCCGUUUGCAAAGCUGGUGCUGCAGAAAAGGGCGUUCCCCUCUACCGUCACAUUGCAGACCUGGCAGGAAACCCUGAGGUUAUAUUGCCUGUUCCGGCCUUUAAUGUGAUAAAUGGUGGCUCUCAUGCUGGUAACAAGCUAGCCAUGCAGGAGUUCAUGAUCCUGCCCAUUGGUGCCACCACCUUCAAAGAAGCCAUGCGCAUCGGAGCAGAGGUUUACCACAACCUCAAAAAUGUCAUAAAGAAGAAAUAUGGGCAGGAUGCCACAAAUGUGGGCGAUGAAGGCGGCUUUGCUCCAAAUAUACUGGAAAAUAAGGAGGCUCUGGAACUUCUGAAGGAGGCCAUUGCCAACGCUGGGUACACUGAGGAGGUUGUGAUUGGGAUGGAUGUGGCGGCAUCUGAAUUCUACAGGGACGGAAAAUAUGACCUGGACUUCAAGUCACCUGAUGAUCCGAGCCGCUAUAUCACCCCCGACGAGCUGGCUGACCUGUACAGGAGCUUUGUGACGGAUUACCCAGUGGUGUCCAUUGAGGAUCCAUUUGACCAGGACGACUGGGAAGCCUGGACCAACUUCACUGAGAGCACGGACAUCCAGGUUGUUGGAGAUGACUUAACUGUGACGAAUCCCAGUCGCAUCUGCAAGGCAGUGGAGGAGAAAGCCUGCAACUGUCUGCUACUCAAGGUCAAUCAGAUAGGAACGGUCACAGAGUCAUUGAAGGCGUGUAAGAUGGCCCAGGAGAGUGGCUGGGGCGUGAUGGUGAGUCACCGCUCCGGGGAAACUGAGGACACCUUCAUAGCCGAUCUGGUGGUUGGAUUGUGCACUGGACAGAUCAAGACAGGGGCUCCUUGCCGUUCUGAGCGUUUGGCUAAAUACAAUCAGAUUCUGAGAAUUGAGGAGGAGUUGGGAGACAAAGCUCAGUUUGCUGGGAAAAACUUCAGGAAUCCUGUGAUUGAGUGAAAGAGACAAUUAUUGGUGAAUUGAGACACACAAACGAGUGUAAAGACUUUGAUGCAGGAAUUAGAUGUUUAGAACUUUUACUGUCAGUAAAUGAAAAAUACAACAAAUUGUUAAAUGUGCUCUAAGCAGUUAAAUAUUAGAUCUGAUUGUAGUACCUUAUGAUGUUAACUGCAUAAACCUACCCU